GAAACGUCGUUAUGUCGCAGCUGGGCAGAAGUUGCAGUUGCGUCCUACGGUUCAGUGCCUAGCGAUGGUAGGACGGCGCUGAAUCGAUGGCAGGAGCGGUCAGUAUCCCUUUCUUCCUCCCGAGCAGACGCGUUCGGUUUCGGCUGCCCUCGACGGAGCAAGCGUUAAGGUAGGCGGGGAGAAGCGAGGAGGUGAAGGCAGCGAGCGGCAGGCACUGCCGUCUGGACUGUAGGCACUGACUUGGGUACACAUCUCGACGUAAUCCCGUCGACUUCUCUGCCUUCUGUCCACUCCGUGAAACGUCGAGAAGGGAGGAGCAAGUAGAGACGGUUGACGGUCCGCCUGCGUCUGUAGCUGCCUAUUAGAAGGACCUACACACGUCGCAGGGCACUUCCCGACUCGACUAUGGACACCAAGCGCGACGAGCUGCUGCGCCUUGUGGCCGCGCUAAGUGGUGCCUGCAAGCGGGACAAGAACGUACUCAAGGAUAGCGAGCUCGUGGAUGCCUUGGAGACUCAUGGCCGCCAGAUCGCGCGAUUUCGCAAGCAGCAGAAGAAGAUGAAGAAAGCGCAACAGAAGCUCAACUCGUCGACGUCACAUGAAGUCAACAAGACGGCCAAGAAGCUCAAAGAGCAUGUGUUCGCUGGAGAGAGCGAGGCCACAGAGGGCGUCUCCAAGCGCCGCAAACUCUCAUUCGACACAGAGACCAAGAGCAGCCACAACCACGACCUCAGUGCCUCGUGUCUGUUCCCGUCCAUUGAGCGCCAGCACAAGCCCAAGCGUGAGUCUAUGGGCGAGUGGAUCUCGUCCUUACAGAACAAGAAAUCCGUCUCUAUGGACCCCACGGACUCGGUGGUGUACUACCGCCCUACGACCCCUACGACUGUAGCAGUAGCCGUCGAAGUGAGCGAGGAAGCAGUGAUGGUGAAUCCUCUCAAGUCGUUCCAGUACCACACGCGUCGCUCUAUUUCCCCUCAACUGAAGACUCCACGCGCUGUUCGCGCUGCGUCGCCAUACAAGCUAGUGGAUCGCUCUGCCUCGCCCAACACUGUGGAUCUCUCGGCAUCCUCGACGUCCACUAUGGCUUCAUACUACGACGACAUGUACGACGAGUACUCGGUCUCUUCCGAGACGAUGCGUCGCUACAAUCGCUCGGUUUCUGACCGCACUCCGUCCUUUGAGUCGAUGGACUGGACGCCAUCAGACGACGACAAUGACGAGUCUGUGCCGUUCCGAAGCAUCGCAGACGACGUGGAGCAGCAAUCUCCCGUGUCCAGAGUAGUGACUUAUCAGCGUUCAACCCACUCUGACGCGCGUCUUAACGCCAUGGAGCUAGACUCUCAAAGUGGCGCUGAAGAUUACUAUUCAGCUGAAGAGGGAGAGCCCACCGCCGAGUCCUCAUCUCGUCUGACUGCCAACUCGACAGAGGUGGUGAUGGAGGUUUUGUACGGUAUCAUGGAGCACAAUGAGAACUUCAAGUGGCUCAUUGAUCCGGUGAACCAGGCUCGUGUAGCCAAACUGGUGGAGUACCACUUGAAGGAGCAGCAGAACGGCGAUGCAUCUGCACAGUUUUAUGAAGACGAGCAGUUUAUUAACGAACUGCGUGCUCAUGUGGACGAACUGAUCCAUGAGAACUUGAAGAUCAAGACGGAGAAUGUCCGACUUAUGGGCUCUGCUGCUGACAAGAACGUCGAGGAGUUGAAGAGACGUCUCGAGUUGAGUGAGGAGGCUGUGAGUAUGCAAGAAAGCUUCCGUCGUGAAGCUGAAGCUGCGUUCCAGAGUGAACUAGAAAACAAGGCGAAGCUGGUGUCGAGUCUUCAACAUGAUCUGGAAGAGAAGGACUCGCAAAUCGCCAAACUCCUGGAGAACGGAGCUGAGUUGCCUGAGGGUGCCGAUAGCGCUCCUGAUUCGGAGGUUGCUAGACUUAAAAACACGGUGAUGGAGAAGGAUCGAGAGAUUUGCCGUCUCAACUUCCAGCUGUCGACAAAGCAGAAACUUGUUGAUGAGAUCGCCAAGAAGGUCGUGCAGCAGCUGGAGAGUACAGAGCAGUCGAGCAUUACUGCUCUCGCUAGCGAUCUCCACCUCGAUAUGGAUAUGUUCCUGUUCAAGAGUGUAGCGGAGAAGCAAGAGAUGAUUGAUGAACUCAAGGCCGCUCUGGCGUCCAUGGAGCGUGAAGUGACUGGACUGGAGGCUCGAGUGGCGAAGAAAUCGCGCGAGACGUUGCUGCUCAAGACCAAGUUCAAGUCGAUGGCUACACGUCUGACGGAGGCCAAUGUGAACAUGUCUCGUAUUCAGACUGAGAACGACCGUCUCGUGACGUCGUUGAAGGAGAAGCAAGGCAAGAUGCGCGACCUCAUUGAGUUCUUGGAAGGAAAGGAGAAGCAAGUGAUGCACUUGGAGGAACAAGUGAAUGUGCGUCAGACCCAAUUGGAGCAUGUCAUGACGGAGUUCGAGAAGAUGCAGCGUCUGCACAACACCAAGAAGAGCACAAGCACCCGUGGUCCGACUCAUCGUAAGACUGCUGUGCAUGCACAGUAAGCUGAGUGGCUCAGCUGGCUGAUCAAUUUGACAACAAUGCUCACUUUCUGCUGUGCUGCUGCUCAAGUGCUUCCACUUCUCCUUAUCCAAUGACGCCCAAGAAAAAUGCUAGAAGACGAGGUGCUUGCUUGCACCCAUGAAGACAAAACAUGCAACCAUCAAGAAGAAAUAUUGCCGACCAAGAUUCAUGACCAAGCCACUGACGUUGAUGUAUCGACGUCAGCCUUUUUUACAUUAUUAUUCGAUAAGUUAUACGAUAGGGAAUAGCAGGAGAACAGCAGGGCUGAUAUGACGUCGUCUAUAGAGAAGCCAGCCAAGCUGCAAUAGCGUUCAUGUGAGCGUGUCGUUCAACACAAACAAUCCAACAAACAAUUGACUGGGAAAAC